CAGUGCGAGACGGGUGGCGAGGCGGGGAGCGAGGGCUUACACACACACACAGGGUCACCGUGGCAACGCGAAUCGAGACGCUCACGGGAGGAGGUGGUGGUGGUGGUUGUUGGUUGUUGUUGGUGGUGGUUGUUGGUGGUGGUGUGCUCGCUGCCCUGUGCCAAACUCUCUGUUGCCCGUGCUCCAGGGGGGAAGGAGUCCCGAGCGAGAGAUGACGACGACCCAUGAGCAGCAGCAGCAGCAGGACGAGACUCUGCUCGCCAUCGUGACGCUCUUCUCCUCGCUGCCUGCCAAGCGGCAGGGAGACGCCCUCACGCGCCUCUAUCACACCUGCCAGCCGCAGCAGCUGCGGGAGGCGUUUGCUUCGCUCCGACUGCUGCUCCUGGUCGACCCCGUCCGCUCGCUGCCCGCCGAGCUGGCCGAGCGGGUUCUGGCGCUCCUGGGACCCGCCGAUCUGUGCCACGUGGCCCUCUGCAGCCGCGUGUGGAGAGAGCGGGCCAACAGCGACGUUCUCUGGAAGAGGCUGUGUGCGGCACGGGGAUGGCUCCACCUUGGCACGGAUCAACUCCUCGUUGAGACCCAACGCUCCCACUGCUCAGCUACAGGCAAGUGGCUGGUGAGCGGCAGCGUGGACGGCACGGCGCGCGUGUGGCGCGUGGCCACCUCGGAGUGCGCGCACGUGCUCGCCCGGCACACGGACGCCGUCAACGCCGUGCGGGUCAGGGCCGGGGUGGUGCUCACGGGCUGUUCCGACUCCCUCAUCCGCGUCUUCAAUGCAGCGACGGGCGAGUGCACACGUGCCCUCAUGGGCCACUCGGCCGCCGUCGAUCACCUCUGCUACGACGGAGCGAGGCUUCUGAGCGCGAGUGCGGACAGGACCGUGCGCGUGUGGGCGGUCAAAGGCGGCAAGUGCUUGCACAUUCUCCGUGGGCAUGAAGACGAGAUACAGGCCCUUCAGCAGUGUGGACUGCUGGCCCUCAGCGCGUCCUGGGACUGCAGCCUGCGACUGUGGGACACGGAGCGCGGCGUGUGCCAGACCAUCCUCAGGGGUCACUCCGAAGCGGUGUACUGCUGCCAGUUCGACCUGGCGCGCGUGGUGAGCGGCGGGGGUGAUGGCCUCGUCGUGGUGUGGAGCACCACGAGUGGGGAGCGCCUGGCCACGUGCACGGGCCACACGGAGGAGGUGUACUGCCUCGCCUACAAUGAAAAUGUCAUCUGUUCAGGAUCUGCCGACAGUUCCAUCCGGGUGUGGAAUUUUCAAGGGCGCUGCCUCUUCACUCUGCACGAGCACGUGGGGGUGGUGUUGUGCCUGCACCUCCUCCGCGACCGGCUCGUCAGCGGCGGCAACCGCAAGAAAAUCGUCGUGUGGGACGUGAAGAAUGGCCGCCUGCUGAACGUGGUGCACAGAAACCCGUCGCUGCUCCACCGCAUGUGGGUGAGCGAAACCGCCGUGGUGAUAGCCUCCCCAGAAGCGCCGGGCACGCUCACCCUCCUCACCUACUGGUGAGCGCCUCGUCGGAGCCGAGUCGAAAGGGAGGAGGCCGGUCCAGCCUCGAGACGCCCACGGGCGCCGCGGCAAACCGAUGGUGCGGCUAUCGAGCGCGCGGGCGGUGCGACUGCACCAGGGUCUGCCAGGCCUGGAGGAGUCCGGGCGCCGGGUUACGAAGGUCAAAAUUGGACGCAGCACCACAUUGCAUUUAAUUCCUUGCGCCAGGGCCUGUGCCAACCACGCUACGCCCACCGGACUUAACCGUUCCCCUGCAGAGACACAGAGCGGUGUCUCUGCAGCCAGCAACUUGUCUGCCAGCAUUCUCACUUUACAUUCGUAGCUUAUGUCAUUCAUCCCAGAAGCCCCAACACUGUAUUUGGUUGUACUGCGUUUGAAAUGAUUGUUAAACCUCAACAGAAAUAACUGCUGCUGAAAACAAUAUCAAAGUGCCUUUAAUGCACGUUUUAUUUUUGUUUUUUUUGCGAUUAAUAAAAUCAAUAGGGAUAUCAGCUUGGAAAAUGUUUACAUUACAUUCCACUGAAUAUGUUUGUGAGACAUGUAAUUGACUGAUGAGCAACCGCACCGGUCCACUGGAUAUGAUGAAUUCAAGUACUGCAAUGAUGUAAAUCAAGCUUUUAACCAUUCUCACAUAAAUUAUACACCCUUGUUUACAUUGACAUACAUUAUACAACCCUGUUCACAUCUACAGUCCAUACAUUGAUUUCAGACACAGGACGCCGCCACAGCGGUGUGAUGGGUCAGGACACCGUAGUGGACUUGCAAUCCAGAGGACGCCGGUUCAAUUCCAUCUUCUGUUGCAGCCGUUAAAAUAUGGACAAGAUUCUUGAUUUCCUCCGACACCGUCCACCCAGCACGAUUUACAUUUGAGCAAAAUUCAUUAAAUACGAACAUUGACAACCGCAAUGAUUAAAUUGUUUUUUUUUACAUCCAACAAUUAGAUCCGAUGGUGCGGUAACUUAAAUUGAGUGCUCAGUUCAACGACGGCACGUCACGUGCACAGUUUUCGCCUCCCGAAACGGAGGCUGCACGAGGGAUUCGUUUUUCAUGGGAUAUUUUCCAGACACCAACCCCAGAUAACUCGAGCUGAAAUUAAGCCCCCCCCGCCCCCUGGGUUCUACGUUUAAAAAAAAUCACACAGGAGCGUUCCCGUACCCAGCGGUUUGUCGGUGAAUCAGAAUUAAGUCAGUCGGCAGCCGUUUUGAAAGACCUCCGGAUAGCACGAUUUGGCCACGUUACGGUGUGCGAAAGAAGUUCAACGCGCGGUAACACAGACACACACACAGUGGGCGUCCCUCGGUCUGUCUGCGCAUCUCGGUGGUAGUUGUUUUUUUGUUGUUGCCAGCACUCAUCUCUAUGCACAGCAGCGCCUCUGGGAGGGAGCAACUCGCACCGGUGGCACGGCACUGAGGAAACACUGCGGCAAACAUUGGCUUGGCCGUCCAAGUGGCUCAAGGGGCCCCCGGAUUCACGAAUAAAGAAAGAACGAUCCAUCAAAGAACACCUCGAAUUCGAUUCCCAAUCAAUGUCGAAGUUAAUUCAAAUGCAAAAAAAAGCAAUGCACAUCUCGCAUUCCUAUCUUGGCUGUAUCUCCCUUAUCUCAUCUUCAUAUGUUUAUAAUUAAAAAUCGAAAAAAGAACGUAAGCUGAUUAUGGUUUUAAAAAGCCAAUAAAUGCCUCUCAUCGCGA